GGAUUAACCUUAUUUUGAGACUGCUAUCCGUCUAGUAUCCCGCAUCAUCGCGUGGGAUAAAUAACAGACGACGUCACGUCGAGCGACUCCGGAUCACAUUCAAUCCAGGCUUUCGGAUCUUGCCGCCUCAUCGGAUGUGGGCCGUCAUGCAUGGACUUUCCGUGGCCCCACCGUAAGCCAAGACAACCGUAAACCAUUUGUUGAUGACGGGAACUCAAUGAACACAGCCACGAUUCGCGAUGUCGUCGGGGCAAGUCCGUCCGGGGUCGCAGGGCCGCGCCGAGGCUGGCAGUCAGCAACCUCGGGGCGGACCUUAAGGAGGGCUCUUGGCGCAUUCGAAGAAUGGGAAACUGCCUCUGAAUUUUACCUCUCACCACUCGCCAUUCAGCUUUUGCCAAACUGAGCCCGUGAAGCCUUCUCCAGUAUGGGGCCGUCCAAACCAAGCAUGCAGGAGCUCUAUGCGAGCCCGGAGGACUGGGAGACUCAGCGGGAGACGAUCACCCGGUUGUACCUGCAUGAGAAACGGUCACUGCAGGAGGUUAUGGAAUACAUGGCAGUGAAUCAUUUCUUCUUUGCAACGGUCAAAAUGUACAGAACACGGAUUCGCAAAUGGGGAAUAGACAAGAACAACAAGGCUGCUGAGGUGGCCUACAUGCUCAGGCUCAAGAAACAGCGCGACGUCCUCGGCAAAAAGUCAUUCUUCUUCAUUCGGAAUCGGCCGGUCGACUGGGAAGAUAUUGAGCGAUACCUCUCUCGGACCCCUGACUUCUGGACCAAAUACGGCGGCGCUGCCCUAGAUGCAAGCAGGUGUGCACAGGAGAUCACCUGCAAGACGCCGCCUCCGGAGAGCCCGGGGCCGGUGCCCGCGUAUGUACCGACAAAGCUCGAUGCCGCUCAGGAACUCCGCGUCCACGAAGAAAUCUUACGCUUCUUCCGGAACUACAACGAAGGCGCCUUUGAGCGAGGCCUAUGGCAUCUCUCACCUGUCCACAAGCGUUAUUUUGGCCCCGGCGGCGCCGAGGCCAACGCCCGUCUCAACGCCUGGUACGACAAGGUGCGCAGCGUCUCCGACUGGCCCGGCCGGGACGCCGAUGCCGUCAGGCUAGUCAACUACCUUCUCGACGACCUCCCGCAAAUCAUCAGGGACCAUGACUUCACUGUCUUCCCGGCCCUUAUGCGCUGCUGCUUUUAUCUCUCGGCGCGAAGAGAGGCAUUGGGUCGGGCGGUGGUGCAGUUCGUAGCAAGGUUAUGCGACAUCAUCUUAGGAGAAAGGCACCCGAUGAGCUUGGCCUGGUCCCGCAUCAGGUCGCUUCCGUUACCCGAAUACUUGCUUGUUUUGCAAGGGACGGCCAAGGUCCGGCUCGAUCAUCUCGAGUCACGCCAGAGCGAUGGAUGCGAGGACGAGAGCACGGUCAACGCGCUGCGCGAAUAUCUGUUGGUGCUGCGGCUGCGGGGCUCCGCCGCAGUUGACGAGAUCGACCGUGUCACUUGCCGGGCGCUGGAGCGGGUAUGUCAGCCCCACCGGGACGGGCUGUCCGCAUCGCAGUGUCGCCUUCUGCUCGGCACGGCCAGCUCCUACAUCACUUGCCGCCGCUUCGCAGACGCACAGGAGAUCCUGGACCGGGUGGGCGCCCACCUCCCGACAUCUGCGGUCCAGACUUCCCAGUCGCAGCGCGUGCUCCCCACCUACCUCUUCCUCAUGGGCUUCCUGCGCUACGUCACGCGCAGGAUGGACGAGGCCAAGAACUACUUCCUGCAGACCUACUACGCCCUCGAGAAAGCACGGGGCCCGCACAGCUCCGCGGUCGCCGACAUCCUGCUGGCGUUCAUAGACUUCCCCGGGCUCUUGCAGGAUCCGGACGACGUCAAGCACUGGCGGCACAAGUACGAGCAGGUGCAGGCCGAGAUGCUGGCGAGGAUGGAUAAGGGUGCCAGGCAGACGCUGUCCGAGCCGAGCGAGCUGUGGGACGAACCGCUGGAUACCGAUGUGAACACGGGAACAUGGUGAAGGAUCGGCUGAAGGAAGGGGCUCCAGACGCUGCUACGGCCGGUGGUUCGACGACGGCCCCAACCGAGGCUGAGAGACUCCACGACUUCCAGCUUCCAGGUUCGUUCCAUGUAUCAGCUCAGUUCCACAUGGAGAUCUGGAUGCCAUCCCUUGACAAGCAUAGCACGAGAUGGAGACGGCCUUCUGUUUUCGGCCGCUGGGCGAGUUCAGUCAUCAUCAUCCGCCACUACG